GGGAAGCCGCGCUGGGCCCCGCCGGAACGGAGCGAGGGAGCGCUGGAGGCGGCCGUGCCCGGCUCUCCGUGCCCGCCGGAGCCCCGCGCUGCCCGGGAGUUGCUGCUGUUGUUUUAAGGACAUUGAUGUGAACAUCGUAGUGAUAGUUCACCUUGAUCAUCACCAGAACAAACUCCACAAGAGAUGGAGGACACGAAGCCGUGGUACUCUCACAAGGUGUACGCCAGGUACUGGAGGCACUAUGACUCAGCCAUGCGCUGGAUGCACAGGCACCAGAAAGCCUACAGGAGAGCCAUGGAGUCCUUGUACUGCCUGCCAUGGCAUCCCUGGCAUCCUGCUGCAGCCUCUCCAGGCAGCCACUACUCACAUUGGCAUGGGAAUGACCUCCCACAUAUCCAACACUAUUCUUCCAGCUACAGACCAGAUGUCAGAGUUCCAUGUCAUGGGGGAGCUCAGCAGUAUGCAGGUGCCUACCAGGAGAGGGAGGAUGCUGAUGAGGACUCUGAAAUGGAAGAGGAUGCUGAAAUGGACUCUGAAAUGGAGGAAGACUCUGAGUCUGAAGGAGAGAUAGAAUAUGACUUGAGUAACAUGGAGAUCACAGAGGAGCUUCGUCAGUUUUUUGCAGAGACAGAGAGGCACCAAGAAGAGCUGCGGAGGCAGCAGCAGCUGGAAGCUGAGGACCCCUACGUGGAGGCUGAUCAGGACCUGCACUGGAGGGUGGAGCGGUCAGUGGAGCCGCCCACAGAACGGCCUGGGGAGAGGCGCAUGGCAGAAAUGAAGAAGCUGUAUGGGGCUGAAGCUGCCAAAAUCCAGGCAAUGGAGGCUGCCAUGCAGCUCAUCUUUGAUAGGAACUGUGACAGAAAGCAGCCCAAAUACUGGCCCAUUAUUCCCCUUAAGCUGUGAGUACCUGCACUGUGCUCUGACGUGGCAGAUUAAUCACACCAGAAAUAAGUAAGAGAUAAAUCACACCAGUGCUACAGGGUCAGGUGCCUCAGGCUGGGCUGCUGAAAGAACAAACUGCAAGUUUGGUUUUGAACUUUGAGGGAGAGUCUGGCAAGGACAGUAUGUAUUUCUUUGGCCUUUCUUGUCUUUUACAGUGUCUGUCAGUGAUGUUCACAUUCAACACACAUACAAUUGUCAAGUAGUAAUAGGAGGGACAGGAAUAUCAAACAUGUCUAAAAUUCAGCCAUUUGAUACCCACUUGCCUUGACCACACAUGCAAGAAACAUAACAAUGUCCAUACCCAGUGAACUGGCAAAACUUAAAGCAAUGCAGAGAAGAGAAAGACUACAAAUCGUCUGCUCUUCUUGUUUAGGAAUUUGAGUGAUCACAUUUUCUAGUCUUAUUUAACAUAGUAGUAUUAGGAUCUUGUUUCACACAGCAUAGCUUGAAGUGUUAUGUCUGCUAAUCUUGGAUUUUUUUGAGAAUCAGGAGCCCACUGGCCAAGAUACAACUUAUCAAAUUACCAUAGCCCAGACAUUGGAAUUCUUUUUCAAAGGUUUAUAAUAAAGCAGGAAGUUUUUCUUCCAGACUGAUACUUGUCUGGCAGGAGUUUGACUCUAAAGCAACAUUAUAUAGAAAAAUGUUUUAAUGAAGGGGUGGGAGGAUCGGGCAGAAGCCUGAUGUGGUUCUGUCUGUUAGAGAUAUGUUUAGCAGAAGAGAAACUUAAGAGGACACAGUGCUAUUGGAGCCAGUGCCUACAGUGAUUUUUGCUUGAAGCUUUAAAGAAGGCUUAUUAGAGUGAUAGACUAUAUCUGACCAAUGUUUACAGAGCUGUGGAAGCCAGGUAGCCCUGUGGGCUGUAUGUCUGUUUUAGGUGCAGGUUUCCACUGGCCAAGUGCAUAGGACGUGCACAAAAUUUAAACAGAAGCAAGUAGAUGUGUUUUCAUCCAUCUGCACAGAGAUGUGCCUCUGUGUGUGCUCAUCCAUCUGCACUAGCUGUUUUGGUUCUGCUUCUGUCACUCUUUACUUUGGGACAGUUAUGCUUGCCACACAGAGUGAGACACACUGGUGGUUUGUGUAAAUGUGGCUGAACUGGCCCCUCAAAACCUGUGGCUCCUUAGAAAUGGUGCCCUGAAUGCUUAAAAGGACUCUGCUGAUAAAUAUCAUUGUGGAUUGAAGGGUAGUAGUUUGUGACAUUGCUGCAUUUCCAUGCCAGGGCAAAGGAAUCGUCUGCUGGUUUCAUAGUGACACACUCAUCUGCCUUCCUGGCAACAGAAGAAGGUUACAAGUAAAAUUUUAACUUCAGUUCAUGCUGACUGAGUGUCCAGAGUUUCUCUGUGGCAUGUGUAGUUUGUAAUGCACUCAGCAGUUGCUGUGCCCUCUGCAGCAGCCAGCUGCAACAAAACAAGUCUGCAGUGCAGUUUGGAAUAUCUUUGCUUUCAGUAGUAGUUACUGUUUUUUCAAACCAGAAUUUCCAUGUCAGUUCCACAUCUUUCACAGAUGAAGUUAAACUGAACACUGAAAUGAAAAAGCCUCCAGUUUCCAAGACUUACUUCUGGUGUGAUUAAUCUGAAAAACUUCAGUGAGACAGGAGAGAGAAAAGGAUUAUUAACAGUUAUGCAUUUGUUGUCACUCUUGUUUUUGGUGGGUUUUGUCAAAAAUUCAGUGUUUUGUUUGGGUUUCCUUCCUUUGACCAAAUAAAUUUUCUUCUUAACACCUUGUAAAUUACUUUUAUUUUUUUUAUAUAAACAAACUUCCAUACUUAAAACACUUCAGUUCUUAGAUGGUAAAGCUUUCUUUUAGCUGCUGUAUUGUUUAAGGAAGAUUGAACUUAGAGCAGGAGUGGUUUUAACAUAUGGAGAAGCACAAGGAGUGUUGACAGGACUUUCACAGCAAUGUCAGGCAAUACCACACAUGCAUGGUGUGGUGCAAAAUGAAUGGGAGGGUUGCUGUAUCCACUGGGGCAAAACCCUGUCACAGAUUAACAUGCAUAAAUUUCUCUGUUCCUAUUUGAAAUGUUUCCAGUGUGGUGAUGGUGUUUUCCCUGUGCACUUCAGUUCAGAAAAAAAAGGAAGAAUGGGUGAAGUAGGACUGGGCUGUUCUUACUUUUCAAUACAAGUUCCAGUUCUUGCUGUGGCUGAUUCUUUAUCCAACUGGUUCUGCUAGCAGAAGCAGAAAUUCUGGUCUCAAAAAGUAUUUGUGGAGACCUCAUAUAAGACAAACAUUGAAUUCCUUUCCUACUUCACAUAAAAUGUAAAAUAAAUCUAUAAAAAGAAAUAUAUAAAGGAAAUUACCUUGCCUUUGGUUUUUUAAAGUAUUUUUAAGAGGGUUUAAUAUGCUUAAAUAUGCUAUGAGGUUAGGAGGAGAGAGAACUGGAUGAAUUGUUCCUUAGGAGCUAUGUACUAACUCCUGAAAUACCCUACUGCAGAUUUAAAAGUUGCUGCUAAAUAAUCUCAUUGCAGGGGAUGGGCCAGCAAAAGGGGACAUCUGGCCAACUACCCCUGGAUGUCCCAUUUUGCUGGAUAUUCAGCAGAACUUGAAAAUUCUGUGUUGCAGUUCUUUUACUCUAUCUUUCAUGUUGUUUUGCAUUUCUGAUAAAUACCUCACAUAAAAGCAUGUGAUCAUGGAGGAAAUGCAGUAGCAACUCAGAAAUGCCACUUCAGUCAUCUGUAACAUUCACCUUUCUUGCACACAUGUAUUCUGCUGCAGUCCUCAGUCAUGGGAACAUGUGCACCUUUUUUGCCCAAAGACACAAUGUUCCUUGACUAGAAUGCAGCUGUGGUGCUGCAGACUUGAUUCUUCCUUCUCCAGAAGGUUGCACCUUUGCUUUCAGUUAUGCCAGCUCUUGGUGUAGUCCUGCCCAAAGGGAAUUCUUCACUUGCUGGUGGUAUACUGUUUCUCAUGAGCUUUUCCCAGCUCCAGUACAAGGAUUAUUAUACUCUGAAGUCAAAAAUUGUCAUCCAGUCAGUCUUCAUUUCAAAAACUGGUUUCCUCAUUUGUUACAAACAAAUCAGCCUUAUUUUCAGGAGAAGAGUGUGUGAUUGGUUGAAGAUGCUUUUAAGAUAGGAGAAAAAUGUAAUAGGUCUUUUCUACUAAAAGCCUUCUUAAAAGGAAUGAGCAAAAAAUCCCUUUCAGAAUUGGUGUGAUAUAAAUGUAACAUAGAAAUGAAGCAAUGACCUGUUUCCUACUGAAAGAAAAAUUGCUUACUUUUAUGGUGAUGUUGUCAAGGGGACUUGUUCUUUUAGAAUUUUUUCCCCAUAUAGCAGCUGACAGCUCAGUGUGCCUGUGUGUACAGAGAAGAGAUUCAGCCCUUUUGAUGAGCAUCAUUUUCUCAAUCAACAUUACAGGUAGGUAUUCAUCCUUUUUGACAGGGGUCUCAUUAAUGGCUGGCUGCAAAAAUCUCACAUUUGGAAAAAGUGUUAAUAAAAAGCAACUUAAAUUUCUCUAACAGCCUUUAUGAAGGAUAAACAUCACAUAUGUAACACAUAGAGAUUUGGUUGUUUGUGUCUUUCUCUUAGUUAAAGCUUCUCAUUCAUUAUGUGAAAUAUGCUGUAAAUAUUGGUGUCUUCAUCUCUUGUUGCACUAAUCGCAGUCUAGUUCUUGAUGUAGAAAUUGAGAAAAACAAGACACAGAUUCAGCUGCUUGAAUUUUGAGUUUUAAGUGUGAUUUUUGGCAUGCUGGGCUGAACAUUUUGGCUGAAAGAAUUAGAGAGGGGCCAAGAUUAUUGCCCAAAAUGUGAAAUAUAGUCUGUCAAAAUGAAACAUCCCAACUCUGUUUUCCCUCUGGUUUCUUAAAAGUGUAACCUCCUGGAAAAUGUAUUAUUUGAUAAACAAUACAUUCAUGCUGUGACAAAAAUCUUU